UUUCUCUGUUGGUGGGGUAAAAUGUUACAGCAGAAAAUACAAACACCCACAUGGAGACAGGGCUGUUACUGUAAGUGCUCUGAGCUUUUAUUUGACUUUCAUCAAUUGUGCUUUUAUGUGAUGGUGCACUGUGGGGUUUACAUUCGUAUAUGCACAGACUUGUCAGAUAUAGGUUGUAAUGAAAUGAGAGACACGUCAACCUAGAAGGUACACCAAGAGUAUUUUUUCCCAGAGCUAUUUGUUGACACAGGCUUUAUUUGACGACUUAAUAUUAGUAUUAUAUGAUAUUAUUGGAAAUGUUAAAUCAUUUAGACUUAUUAAGUCUCUAAAUAAUAACUGUAAUUAUAUUUGGGCUACAUGCAGAUUAACUUUUUACUGGCUGCAAGAGUGAUGUUUUGUUUAUUUCUUUAUUAAUGUGUUAAAUAAAUAAACAGUAACCUUUACAUUAAAAAACAAUGUAUAGAUUCAGUGGACCUAAGGAGCAUUGUAUGAUUAUGUCUGUUUUAGUCUCAGAUAUAGCAAGUAGGCUACACUGUAAGACUAACACAUGCAUCGAGUAAAUGUAAUUAAAGAACUGUUGGCCUAAGAUUGUUGACAACAGUAAAAAUGGGUCAUAUGAGUGUUUAAGUCGUGAAACAAGAGAGACACUGUAAUGUUCUCAGACCAGCCUAGAAAAGCUUAGGGAAGCUGAGCAGCUGCUGGGAACAGAAGGCUGAGGCUGAUGGAGUGACCUCCCUAGCCCCUAACCUAUGGCUGCCUCCCCUAUACACAAACACACCUGUUAACGUCACAGGUGGCUUUGGGGCUCUGGAGCGCCACAGGUGUAGAUGCCAUUAUCCUAGCCAGACAUGCCUGAAGACUGUGCCAAGAGACCAAAUGUAGCUAAGACUCUCAAGGUAGAGGUGAUUCUGUCACAGAACAAUGGCUGUCUGAAGUGCAGACGGAUGAUAGAGAAUGCCAGGAAGCGUAUCCGUUUGUAGUACUUAGUUUGGAAAACAAUUACAAGUCAUGGAGCCAAGGCUGUGUCAGAUCUACUGAUAUGAUCUGAAGAGAAGAUGGUGGCCUCUGUGCUCCCCGGAGCUCAACAUGUUCAACCUGAUUGGCAACUGCUGCAGCUGGGUCUCCAAAUUCCAGCAGCCUUUGAGGAAAGUCACAGUGCUUGUGGUUGGUCUUGACAAUGCAGGAAAAACAUGCUCGAUCAGAGGAAUGCUGGGAGUGCCCCCAGGUGAGGUGGGUCCCACACUGGGGUGUGUCCGCACUGAGCUGCGAGUGGAGAACUUCCUGGUGACUAUGGUGGAUAUGGGAGGGGUCCUGGAGGACCGGGAGGCCUGGACAGCGCACUACGGAGAGGCCCACGCCAUCAUUUUCGUGGUGGACUCGAGUGACCGGGCACGGAUCAAGGAGGUCAAGGAUGAGAUGGUGGACAUCCUGAAGCAGCCCAGGGUGGCAGGGAAACCUCUACUGGUGUUAGCCAACAAGCAGGACAAAGUCAAUGCCAUGCUUGGGAGUGAGCUGAUUGAAAUACUCUCUCUUGAGCAUCUUGUCAACAAGAGCCGGUCGCUAUGCCACAUUGAGCCAUGCUCAGCCUUACUGGACCUGAGGAGGUGGUCGGACAGGAAGACACUGAGAGGUCUGCGCUGGCUGCUGCGGGCUGUGUGUCUCGACUACUCCGAUCUCUGUGUGCGUGUUAUACGUGACUCUCGGAGGCCCUAUGGGCACGAUGACAGGGAGAAGCGUGGGAAGGCAGAGAAAGGCCGCCGCAAGACCAAAGAACAAAGGCUACCCGGAAGCAAAAGUGAUUUAAGGCAAGAAAAGACCAGGAAAAGCAAAGGUAGCAGCUCCUUGCAGCCCAUCCGAGAUAUUCUGAAUAAGGAGAACUCCCUGAAAAAAAGGCUAACGAAUAAGAAGGUAAAGGGGAAAACCAAGAAGGAGAAUGCCAAAAACAGAAGGGACAAUGGGAACGACGAAGAGGAGGUAGAGGAGGGUGAGGCUGCCGAAGAGGCCGAACAGGAGCACAACAGCCAGAAGGAGAAAGCCAGCAGUCCCCUGUUGCCAGGGAAACAAGGCAAACUCAAAAGAAAAUCAAAAGUCAAAAAAGAGACCUUGGAUCUACCUGAAUCACUUGACACUGAUGACUCCAAACCCUCCAAAGGGAAGGGAGAGAAGAAAAAGAAGAGAAAGACAGUCAAGGUGAAGCGGAAAAACAAGAUAAACACUGAAGUGCCAGCAGCAUACACGCAACCAGUUGAUCUCUCGACUACUUUCGAACUUUACAGAACAGCAAUUUUGGCUCUAAAAGCCCGACAGGAGCAGGAGAAGGAGCAGGAGCAGGAACAGGAGCAGGACCGGGAGCGGGAGCCGGAUCAGGGUUUGGAGCGAUGACGGCUCGACUGUUCAGGGAGGAGCCUCGGCCAUGUGAUGACCCUGUAAGCUGUCCUCCGCACAGCUGUCCAGGGGUUUAUGAGCUUGCCGCAGCUCCUCUGUGACUUAUCCCGGGAGUGUAUCCGCUUCUCUGAGGAGUGCCAACCAAACCCACAGACAUAAGGCCUGUCUGAGACUUAUUCCUAGAGGCAAAUUCCAGAGACGAGCAGCAACCUGACCCCAAAUAAGUGCAUCUCAUUUAAAUAUCUUCUAGUAUCUCUGCGAACGUUUUCACUGUCAAUCGAUGUUCUACCUGAAACCAAAGAAUUUAUAAUAUAAUAUGGCAUUUCGAAUUUGUCAAUAUACUGUAUUUCAAAUGUCGUACAUAAAACAAGUCAUGUAGUAAGACUAAACAGUAUGACAUUACAUCGAAAUUUGUAUCUAAAUAUCUAGUGGCAUUUGAGUACACAGACCAUCUGAGCAUUUGAUGACUAGAUCUGAAAUCUAUUUAAGUUUACUCUGUUCUUCAUGCUGGUGUAAAUGUCGUUUUAUAAUAAAUAUAAUAUAUAAUAUUAUUUAUAAUUUUUUCAAGAACAGAUACAUUCAGGUUGUUUUACUUGUCAAGUGAAGAAUGCUGCCUUUUUUCACAUACACUGUCAUUAAUGUAACCAUAACAGAGAUGGUAGUUGCAGGACAUUGUCUUGUUUGCAGAUUCAGGGAUGGUCAGACAGAUGACUGUGAGGAGUCCUGAUGUUAAAUCUCUAGAUGGUGGCAGUGGAUGCCUGUAAACUUCACUGGUGUUUUCCAAUUAAAUAAAGUAAAAAUGUCUGUGAA